UUCUUAAAAUGAUGUGUCAUUUUUUUUGUAGUGUUUGUUAAAAAUUAUAUAAGAACGAGUCAAUAUUAUCUAAAUUACUCUUAAUCAGGUCAGAUGAUUAAGUAAUCCUUAUAUAGUAAUGUAUAAUGGUCACACAAAUUAAAUUUUACGAUUGGUCUUUAUAAGUAAAAAAUAAUACUUUUCAGCAAAAAAAAAAAAAAUGUCCAGACCGAUUGACCUCGUCGUUGUGGGUCUUGGAAACCCAGAACCUGAAUACGCUACAACACGUCAUAAUGCUGGAUAUAUUUUUAUUGACUAUCUGGCAAAUGCAAUAUCACUUGCUCAAGGACAAGCUGCUAGGGAUCUUCCUAAAUUUUAUCGGCGAUUAGAUCUAUCUGCUGAUGUACGGGAUACAUUGUUUACCUCUACAAAUGAAGACGGCUCCAUCACAAAUUCGUUCAGAAUUAUUCUGAUAAAACCAUUGACGGCCAUGAACGAGUCAGGCUAUGCCGUGCAAAAAGUUUUACAACAUUUUGGAGUUAAUGACACUAAAAAACUUAUAGUCGCGGCCGAUGAUUUAAAUACUUUACCAGGAACAUUAAUGAUUCAAAGUGGUGGUGAUUUGUCAGCCAUGAAAGGUCAUAAGGGAUUAGAAAACAUUGUAUCAGUAAUUGGGACAGAAUUUAUUAGGUUUAGAUUGGGUAUUGGUCGGCCAAUUUCAAAAACAACAGAAAUAUCACAAUGGGUUUUAACCCCUUUUGAGAAAGGAAAUCGUGAAAUGGAUCUCUUCGGUCAUCUCCUUCAUUUAACAACUCAAGCUUUAUAUGAUUAUAGUAUUCAUAAAGAUUUGAAGAGAAUUAAAAAGAAAUUUGCCCAUAAUCAAAAGUUACCAAAUAAAUUAACAGAAAUGAAUAGUUUAGUGUUUCCUGUUGAUACUCAUGGAUUUUAAAUUCUUGUCGAAUGAUACUUGAAUAAAGAGAAAAAAUUUACUAAUAGUAUUUGUCAAUGUGGAGAUUAUCAAAU